GGGUGCAGGCAGAAUUUAAUGUUAUGUAACUUUUGUUUGGUCUUGCAACUGAGUUAUAAUUACGUAAGAUUUGUUUCUGAAGUCCUUUCAAAAAGCUCAACACGCAGGGAGGUGUUUCUUUUACACUGGUUACAUUCAAGUAGAGCCAUCGUCUGUCCUGCAGCAAACUCGGAUGUUUUGUUGAAUGGUGUGUGCAGGUGGUACGUUUCACGUUCAAGGAUGUACAUAGAUAACAGCGUUAUUAGUCCUGACGAAACCUGCCCAGCACUGCUCAGAUGAUGUUUACGUGUUGAUAAGUGAGCUGCAGAUCAUGUUUUUGCCAGUGAAGGACACUGGUGACCCUCUGAGGCAGUCCCUGGGUCCUAGUGCCACUGGGGUUCACGUGCAGAGGAGGAGAGGGUGGGCUCCUGAAGGUGGCUGCGAUCUUCAGGAUGUAGCGCGGUCACUUCGAGAAACGGCCCUGUGGUCGCGGUGCUCGUGAGUCUCCGGAGCUCAUGGGUUCAGUAGACGUCCACUUCUACCUCUGCGCGUGACCCUCAGGAACUCCUGCCUGUGGUCUCUGGAAAUGAGCUCAGAAGGGGUUAUAACCCCAGUGAGCAUGUUCCUCAACACCCUGACACCCAAGUUCUACGUCGCAUUGACUGGAACUUCAUCUCUAAUAUCAGGUCUUAUCUUGAUAUUCGAGUGGUGGUACUUCAGGAAGUACGGCACUUCCUUCAUCGAACAGGUUUCGGUGAGCCACUUGCGCCCCCUACUGGGAGGUGUGGAUAACAGCUCUCCCACCAAUUCCAAUACCAGCAAUGGGGACGCGGACUCCAGUCGACAAAGUGUGUCAGAGUGUAAAGUUUGGAGAAAUCCGCUCAACUUAUUCAGAGGGGCCGAGUACAACAGGUACACGUGGGUCACUGGAAGGGAACCGCUCACCUACUACGACAUGAACCUCUCCGCUCAGGACCACCAGACGUUCUUCACCUGCGACUCGGACCACCUGCGGCCCGCCGACGCCAUCAUGCAGAAGGCCUGGAGGGAGAGGAACCCACAGGCCAGGAUCUCCGCAGCACACGAGGCCCUCGACCUGGAGGACUGUGCCACCGCCUACAUCCUGCUGGCCGAGGAGGAGGCCACCACCAUCGUGGAGGCGGAGAAGCUCUUCAAACAAGCGCUCAAGGCAGGGGAGAGCUGCUACCGGCGCAGCCAGCAGGUGCAGCACCAUGGAGCACAACAUGAAGCCCAGCACAGAAGGGAUACAAACGUACUGGUGUACAUUAAGCGAAGACUGGCCAUGUGCUCCAGGAAAUUGGGACGCACCAGAGAAGCGGUGAAAAUGAUGAGAGAUUUAAUGAAGGAGUUCCCUCUCCUCAGUAUGUUCAAUAUCCACGAAAACCUGCUCGAGUCACUCUUGGAGCUCCAGGCGUACGCAGAUGUGCAGGCGGUGCUGGCCAAGUACGACGAUAUCAGUUUGCCAAAAUCCGCAACAAUAUGUUACACGGCGGCGCUUCUGAAAGCCAGGGCCGUGUCAGAUAAGUUCUCCCCAGAGGCAGCGUCACGCCGAGGGCUCAGUCCGGCAGAGAUGAACGCAGUAGAAGCCAUACACAGAGCGGUGGAGUUCAACCCCCACGUACCCAAAUACCUCUUAGAAAUGAAGAGCCUCAUACUGCCCCCAGAGCACAUCCUCAAGAGGGGGGAUAGCGAGGCCAUCGCCUACGCCUUCUUCCACCUGCAGCACUGGAAGAGGGUGGAAGGUGCCCUCAACUUGCUCCACUGCACCUGGGAGGGCACUUUCCGAAUGAUCCCGUACCCCCUGGAGAAAGGACACCUCUUCUACCCGUACCCCAUCUGCACAGAGACGGCCGACAGAGAGCUGCUACCAGCAGUGUUCCAUGAGGUGUCCGUCUACCCCAAGAAGGAGCUGCCCUUCUUCAUCCUCUUCACUGCGGGCCUCUGCUCCUUCACUGCCAUGCUGGCACUCCUCACACACCAGUUCCCUGAGCUCAUGGGUGUUUUCGCCAAAGCUUUCCUCAGCACCCUGUUUGCUCCACUCAACUUCAUCAUGGAGAAGGUGGAGAACAUCCUACCAUCCAGCCUGUGGCACCAGCUGACCCGCAUUUAGGCCAGCGCCACCGGACGGGCCGUCGUGAGGCCUAGACAAGGGCAUGGUGGGAGAAAAGUGACUUGGUUUUGAGUUGUUUUCUUGUAAACCUGGUUUUGUUGUACAAAAAGGGGUCGUGAAACUGACGCCAGACAAAAGCUGAGGAAAAAAAAAAUAAAAGGUGAGAA